AUGAAGCACUGCUUCUACAACGAGACCGUCGGCUUCUUCUACAACAACAGCCGCAAGGAGCUGAGCGCGCACUGGCGGCCCAAGGACGUGCUGGUGGUCGCCCUGGGGCUGGCGGUCAGCGCCGUGGUGCUGCUGACCAACCUGCUGGUCAUCGCCGCCGUGGCCACCAACCGCCGCUUCCACUACCCCAUCUACUACCUGCUGGCCAACCUGGCGGCCGCCGACCUCUUCGCCGGCGUGGCCUACAUGUUCUUGAUGUUCCACACCGGGCCUAGAACCGCCCAGUUGUCGCUCAAGACUUGGUUCAUCCGGCAGAGCCUGCUGGACACCAGCCUGACCGCCUCGGUGGUCAACCUGCUGGCCAUCGCGGUGGAGCGGCACCGCACGGUGCUGACCAUGCAGCUGCACAGCGAGAUGUCGGCGCAGCGCGUGGUGGGGUUGAUCUUCUCCAUCUGGGCCGCGGCGUUGCUGUUGGGGUUGAUCCCGUCCUACGGUUGGCACUGCCUGUGCUCGCUGGAGAGCUGCUCCAGGAUGGCGCCGCUCUACAGCCGCAGCUACCUGACCUUCUGGGCCGUGUCCAACCUGGCCGUGUUCCUGAUCAUGGUGCUGGUCUACGGCCACAUCUUCCUCUACGUCAGGAGGAGGAUGGCGCGCAUGGCGCGGCACACGGGCGCGCACCCGCGGCACCGCGACACCGUGCUGGCGCUGGUCAAGACCGUCACCAUCGUGUUGGGCGCCUUCGUGGUGUGCUGGACGCCGGGCCAGGUUGUUCUGCUGCUGGACGGGCUGGGCUGCCAGAGCUGCGACGUGCUGGCCGUGGAGAAGUACGUGCUGCUGCUGGCCGAAAUUAACUCCCUAAUUAACGCCAUCGUUUAUUCGUGGCGCGAUAACGAGAUGAGGAGCACCUUCCGCCGCCUGCUCUGCUUCCCCUGCCUCCGCAAUUCCAAAUACGCCGCCCCCGAGCGCGGCCUCGGCUCCCACAACGGCCACUUCACCGUCGAUUCUUCCAUUUAG